CUGUGGGGGAAAAAAAAGAAAAAGAAAAAAGAAAAAAAAAACGAUUAACACGUAAACAUUAGUAUGUUUUUCAUGUUGUCGUUUAUAACUUUGUCCACUGGUGACCGCACAUUAGCUGUUUAGAGGCGUGCUAAGGCUAGUUGCCUAACGUCAGAUAGCUUCUAAAAAACCCACAGCUGCAUAGUGAUAAUUUAUUGAAGAUUAUUGAUUACAAAACGUUCGGAGGAAUUAGUAGAGAUUAUAAUGGUGACAGUUCAUAUAAGCUAAUUUCGUUAUCUGACAGCUGUCAGUUUGUAUUAUGGAACGCCAAAAACCCGCUAGUGAUGAUAACUUCAUGCGAUCGCGAGAUCUCGCGCUCCCUGACGUCAUCGAUGAAUGCAUUAAUAUGCUAAUUAAUCUAUGCUAUGUAUGAAACUACACCCUAUUCACUAGAUAGUGCAGUAUUCUGUGGGCCUUAUUUUUUUUUUGUGGUUGUUUUUAAUCCAUGUCAGAAAGCAUAGUAGAGAAUUAUAUUGUGUUUAUGAAAUCCCACAAUGCACGGCUUAGUGCUAGGCUAAAUGUCCACCGCACACGGCAUGAAUAUUGUGGCAGUUACUCAUUUUUCCUGCAUGUCGUUUCGUCUAGACGGAACUGUAUGUAGACGGUACAGUGUGAAAAGACGCAAUUGCAUACAGAUGUGUUUUGUCCACUUAGACACUGCUACGUAUCUGCUUGUAGUUUUCAUGAAGUUGAAACCAGCUCAGCUUUUCCUGCCGAUCCACAACAGAAGAUCUUGCCGCUGACUAUCUCAUAAUCCCUCACAUAUUUUUCACUACUCCCUGUUGGAAAUGAAUGGGAGCGAAAAUUCAGGGGGCAAUAAAUUCAUGGCCUUAAGCUCAGCUACAGACUAACACCCUGUCCCAAAUGGCACACGCCACCCUUGUGGCCCUCCUCCGAAUCCACACUUUGGUGACAUCAGGUAAUGCAGACCUAUGGGGCGCUAAGGCGCGUGUCCACAAGGGCGAGGGGGCUAUUAAUAGAUGGCUUUUGGGGGUGGACUCGACAUCGUGACGUCGGAAAGAGGAAUAUGUUGCCGGUUGUUGUUGUUUUCACUGUGGCGCUAGCCAGAUGGCUUGCUAUGCAGAGACAUCAGCAUCAUUUUCAUCAGUGUACAUUGUGCUAAGCUCUGGGAAGGGCUCAGUUUGGCCCUUUCCUAACAAGACCCACAAAGAAUGUCUGAAAAACCAAUCCGAAUUGCCAUCGUGAACCACGAUAAAUGCAAGCCAAAGAAAUGCAAGCAGGAGUGCAAAAAGAGCUGCCCGGUGGUCCGAAUGGGCAAACUGUGUAUAGAGGUCACCGCUCAAAGCAAAAUCGUAUGGAUAGCUGAAUCACUCUGUAUAGGAUGCGCUAUCUGCAUUAAGAAGUGUCCAUUUGGUGCUCUGGCUAUCGUCAACCUGCCGAGCAACCUGGAGAAAGAGACCACGCACCGAUACUGUGCCAACUCUUUCAAACUACACCGGUUACCAAUCCCCAGACCUGGAGAGGUUUUAGGGCUGGUCGGUACUAACGGCAUUGGAAAAUCAACAGCACUUAAGAUCCUCGCUGGAAAACAGAAGCCCAAUCUGGGGAAAUAUGAUACUCCUCCUGACUGGCAGGAAAUCCUGGCUUACUUUCGAGGAUCUGAACUGCAGAACUAUUUCACAAAGAUCCUGGAAGAUGAUCUGAAAGCUAUAGUGAAGCCUCAGUACGUCGACCAGAUCCCCAACACUGUCACGGGAAACGUAGGCUCUAUUCUGAGCAGGAAGGAUGACUGUAAGACAGCGGCUGUAGUCUGUGAGCAACUCGAUCUGACUCAUCUCAGGGACAGGAAGGUUGAGGAUCUGUCAGGAGGAGAGCUACAGCGUUUCGCCUGUGCAGUGGUGUGCAUCCAGAGAGCAGACAUUUUCAUGUUUGAUGAGCCCUCCAGUUACCUGGACGUGAAGCAGCGUUUGAAAGCCGCCAUCACCAUUCGCUCUCUUAUCACACCAGACAGAUACAUAAUUGUUGUGGAGCAUGAUCUGAGUGUUCUGGACUACCUGUCUGACUUCAUCUGCUGUCUGUAUGGCGUGCCCAGCGCUUACGGCGUCGUUACCAUGCCCUUCAGUGUUCGAGAAGGCAUCAACAUUUUCCUGGACGGAUACGUGCCGACCGAGAACCUCCGUUUCCGUGACGCUUCACUGGUUUUCAAAGUAGCUGAGACAGCCGCCGAAGAGGAUGUGAAGAAGAUGUGUCGCUACCAGUACCCCAAUAUGAAGAAGACCAUGGGUGACUUCGAGCUGCGGAUCAUCGAGGGCGAGUUCACCGACUCUGAGAUCAUGGUCAUGCUUGGAGAAAACGGAACUGGCAAAACUACAUUCAUCAGGCUGCUCGCUGGUCGAUUAAAACCAGAUAAUGAAGAGCAGGUCCCGAUCCUCAACGUCAGCUACAAACCUCAAAAGAUCAGCCCCAAAUUCAAGGGUAGCGUGCGUGCCAUGCUGCACGAGAAGAUCAGGGAUGCGUACACACACCCUCAGUUCGUCACCGACGUCAUGAAACCUAUGCAGAUUGACAGCAUCAUCGAUCAGGAUGUUCAGAAUUUGUCUGGAGGAGAGCUGCAGAGAGUAGCGCUCACUCUGUGUCUGGGUAAACCUGCAGACGUCUACCUGAUAGAUGAGCCCUCGGCAUACCUGGACUCAGAACAGAGGCUGAUGGCUGCCAGAGUUAUCAAACGAUUCAUCCUCCAUGCAAAGAAGACAGCUUUUGUAGUCGAGCAUGACUUCAUCAUGGCCACCUACCUGGCUGAUCGCGUUAUUGUGUUCGACGGAGUUCCGUCACAGAGGACGACCGCCAACACGCCACAGAUGCUGCUUGCUGGCAUGAACAAGUUCCUUUCACUGCUGGAGAUUACGUUCAGAAGAGACCCCAACAACUUCAGGCCAAGAAUCAACAAGCUCAAUUCCAUUAAGGAUGUCGAACAGAAGAGAAGUGGCAAUUAUUUCUUCCUCGACGAUUAGCCCCACACUUCAUAAACCUCGAUGAGAGAAUGAAGCAGGAGAAACGAUACUCUGCUGCUUCUGAGGUCUUCUGUAAUGCUGCUUUAAGUGGGCUUCUGCCUCUGCGGUUAGGUGGAUUUGGUUUUCCAUCCAUCCAUCAGUAUUUAAGAGGCAAUACUGUCAAUGUAAUCAUUUCCUCAGUGUGGUUCUUCUUAAUCCAAUUUCAGUGUUUGGCCACUAGAGGGCAGCAGGCUAUCAGUACUGCUGUCAGUAUGGCUCUAAAUUCUCCUGUCUUUUAAUAUGUGGAUUAAAAGUGAUAUGGAUGAGA